AUGCUCCCCAACUCCACCGUGCCUCUGUCCGUAGACUUCGCCACCGCGGGAGACUUCUUCAUCUUCACCUUCCACAUAGUCUUCGCCACGUGCGCGGUGCUUGUGGCCGGCUCCGUGGUCGUGGGCAUCUCGUGCACCCGCUCCCUCCGCGCACAGAACCGCUUCGUCUUUAUGCUCAACACCAGCAUCAGCGACACUCUCACGGGCUUCUCCGUCUACUACCUGGGCCUGUUUGACGUCCAGGAGGGCUACCCGUCGCGUAAUGGCACGUACUACAUCCUGCCAUCCUUCCUGGGCGUCAAUGUGCUUACGUUUCUCUUCGCGCAAUUCGAUCGGUACUUCGCCGUGUGCCAUCCCUUCUUCUACAACCGCUACGUGUCGCGCAACGUGGUCAUAAGCAUCUGCGUCUUCUGCUGGGUCUACACGUACACGAUUCUCACGGUGCAGAACAUGGUGCCUAUCUCCAAAGCGGCGCAAAUCAACGCGUUCGGGGUCAUGACGCUGCAGAUUAUUGUCCUGGUGAAAGUGAUCAUGACGGUAAAACUCUACGUCAUUGCGCGCAGCCACUUGGUCAGAGAGGUGGCGAGCACCGAGAGAGACAAGCGGGAGUCUUUACGCAUCAUCGUCUUUGUGGUGAUCUGCUUUCUCGCGCUGUGGUGCCCGUCCUUCGUCAAUAUCAUCGUGAGGCAGUUGACGCGCCAGGGUCUGAGGUUCAGGAACGAGGCCACCAACGCGUUCGCGAUCCUGGCCCGGCUGAACGCACUGGUCACUCCCGCGGUGUACAUCUGGGGCAGUCCGGCUCUGCGUGGGUCUGUCUGGCGCAUAGUGUGGAGCAGGGUCUGUCCUUGUCACAGGAAAAGGGUCGGGCUCAAGCUGGAAGAAGCAAUCUAA